AUGGCCAUUACCUCAUUGGUAGAAGAAGAAGAAGAAGAAGAAGAAGAAGAAGAAGAAGAAGAAGAAGAAGAAGAAGAAGAAGAAGAAGAAGAUUACGCCCUUCUAAGCAGAGGAACGGCCACUGCUCCGAGGACGAAGAAGAAGGAGCAGAGGAAGAAGAAGAAGAAGGUCUCCGUGUCCUCCGUGCCGUCCUUGUUCUGCGCUAUCGGUGCCUCGCGAGGUGUGAAGAAACGAACCAGAAUGAAGGGCAUCCUGAGGAAGUCGUCCAAGGGAUACCCAAAGCGGCGACUUUCCUUUGCCGCAGACGUCGUUGAAGGAACGGACGAUGACAAACAACAACUGCAAGACCGUAGCCGCGUUCUCAGCUCCAUCAAGUCAAUCGGUCCCGACCCUGAGCUUGCUCCGCCCGAAGCCGACAUUGUACCCUUCUUCAGUAUGUCUCCCCUGGUGGCUCCUGACGCACAACCGCUUGACCAAAAUGCCGUCCAAACGAGCAGGCUGGUGGCGAUGCGGGAUUCGGGCGAUCCGUUUUACGGUUUCCUCUACGAUGUGUGCUUCCAGGGAGGGAAGCCCACGCCCUUGAUGGUGUGCGGCUGCUUCGUGCUCGUCCUAAUCAUCUUCGCCUUCUUCAUUAACUUAAUGUCGGGCGACACCGAAGUGACCCUCAUGGGGAUGAGACCAACGACGGAGCCCAGCCUUAACGGGACAGAGAAAACUGAGGGUCUGGUGUGGGACCCACAGCCCGAUUUUGAAGCUGGUGCGCUGGACCCAAAUAGUCCGAAUACACCACGUAACUACGAGGGUGCUACUGACUCUACAGCGUGAUCACGAGCACGGCGGAAUGCACUAUCCAAUAAUGGCCUAUGAUUGAUCAAUGAAACUACCCUUAACAAGAAACCGAAGUGUUGCAGCAAGCAAUAAAUGAUCUUAGUGUGA